GAACCGAUAAUGGAAGCCCACGAGAUGUUUUGGAAGCAAUUGCGUGAGCAUAUAGAAAACUAUGGGGCAACCAUGAUUAUCGUCACCAUAUCUACUGGAUUAUUCAUUGGAUACUUCAUGCACUACAUAAUGAAUGUGAGACCUAUGAAGCAGAGGCUUAAAGUCGACGGAAUAGAGCAAACAGAGGACGACGAGGAGUUGAAAGGUAAGUAA